GUCUUGGCAAUUCACUCACUAUCACUUUCAACACCUCCAGUAUAUGGGAAGCAUGAAUUUUUACCUUGUCCUCAUCACAUUUGGGAUUGUCCUAGUUCAUCAUAUGUCUGAUGCUAUGUUUCCCAUCUUCUAUGACUGUUGCACAGAAGUAGCCCAUCACAUCCCCAGACGUUGGUUAAGAAGAGUGGUGAAAUUUGAGAUCCAAAAGAGUGGCGAUUUAUGCCAAAUACCAGCUGUGAUCCUUCACACCAGGCGCAAAAAGCUGUGUGCAAGUUCACAGAAUAAAAAUGUGAAGAAGUGGAUGGAGCAGAUGACCAGGUGUUGCCAGAGCACCAGUCCAGAGAUCCGAAGGAGAAAGGAACUCAAAAGAGGGAGGAAAACUAUGAGGAAACAUGACAUAUUUGCCAAGUGCCAGUGCUAGACCAAGAAAGAUGCUACAAUAUGUACUAUGUAAUAAACAUAACAAAAGUCUCAAAAUAAUGGGUCAAUGUCCCCCAAA